AUGCGAUUGCUGGGACAUGGGACACAGGACUCCCAACUGGUCACUGUAGACUCCAGCGGUCUACUUUAUCAAAACAACAUGGCCGAUCAGACCAACAUCCAGUCGUCUGCCUCCAAGAGCAUCCGUCCGUUCAAGUCCAGCGAGGAAUACCUGUACGCCAUGAAGGAGGACCUCGCCGAGUGGCUCAACACGCUGUACGAGCUGGACCUGACCGCGGACGCCUUCGCCGAGGGCCUGGAGACCGGCUGUGCUCUCUGUCGCCAUGCCAACAAUGUGAACCGGGCAGCACACGACUUCCGGCUGGAGUAUCCGGAGGCUGCCCGCAUCAUGACGCUGCCCGCCAAAGACGUGGCCUUCCAAUCGCGAAACGUGAUCCCCGGUUCCUUCCUGGCCAGGGACAACGUGAGCAACUUCAUCGGCUGGUGCAGGAGCGAGCUGCGGGUGAAGGACGUGCUGAUGUUCGAGACCAACGACCUGGUGGAGCGGUGCAACGAGAAGAACUUUGUGCUGUGCCUGCUGGAGGUGGCACGCCGCGGGGCCAAGUUCGGGAUGCUGGCGCCGAUGUUGAUCCAGCUGGAGGAGGAGAUCGAGGAGGAGAUCCGGGACCAACAGGCCUUGCAGCAGGAGGAGUGCCGGCGGAUGAAGGCAGCAGCAGCAGCAGCAGCAGCAGCAGCAGCAGCAGCAGCAGCAGCAGAGGAGCAGCAGCAGCAGCAGGAGGUGGUGGUGGUGGUGGUGGAGGAGGAGGAGAGCAGAGAGCAGGUGGAGGACAGCAGGUCUGUGAUCCAGGAGAACAGCCGGAGUCCAGAGGAGCAGAUCCAGCCUGAGACCUUCAUCUGGCCCCAGAAGAGAGUGCUGUGUGACAUGAGGAACCUGGACGAGCUGGUGAGUGUGCUCCAUCGCCAGAAAGGUUACUAG